GUGUCAAGAGUAUUUGGAAACUGCUACACAGCACAACAGCGAAUAUUACCUGUAUUCUUUUUCUGUCUAGCCUGAAAGUAUAUCUACAGUGAACAACAGCCAUGUCAUCUAUUUUACUGAACUGUAUGGGGACUGUCACUGACCAUUCUGAAUAUAGCGAACCGGAGGUCCCUUUCAAGAACCCCCAGAUCCAUGUCAAGAACCCCCACUUGGAUACAAUGGAAGAGGAUAUUCUCUAUCACUUCAACCUGGGUACCAAGACCCACAACCUACCUGAGAUGUUUGGAGACAUCAAGUUUGUGUGUGUCGGCGGGAGUGCCAAUCGGAUGAAGUCCUUUGCUCAGUUCAUUCACCAGGAGCUGGCCUUGCCCGGAAACAUGGAUAAUAUCACAGAUAUCUGUGAAGGUACCGACCGCUACUCCAUGUACAAAGUGGGACCCGUACUUUCUAUCAGUCAUGGUAUGGGCGUCCCCUCCAUCUCCAUCAUGCUCCAUGAGCUCAUCAAGCUGCUGCAUCAUGCCCGCUGCAUCGACUUCACCCUCUUCCGCAUUGGCACCUCCGGUGGAGUUGGUCUGGAACCAGGAACAGUGGUGGUCACAGACAAGGCGGUGGACUGCUUCUUCCGUGCCCAGUUUGAGCAGGUGGUUCUAGGUAUAGUGAUCACCAGGAGCACAGAGCUGGAUAUGGGCGUCUCCAAGGAGCUGCUGCAGUGCUCGUCCGAGUUAGACGGCGUUCCAACCGUCAUUGGAAACACCAUGUGCACCAGUGACUUCUACGAAGGUCAGGGUUGGCUGGAUGGAGCUCUCUGCUCCUUCUCCACUGAAGACAAGCUGGAGUACCUAAGGAAAGCCUAUAACACAGGAGUCCGGAAUAUUGAGAUGGAGUCCACCGUCUUCGCAGCCAUGUGUCGUGCCUGUGCCAUCAAAGCGGCUGUCGUCUGUGUGACUUUGUUGAGCCGUUUCGAUGGGGAUCAGAUCUCCACCCCUCAUGAUGUGCUGGUGGAGUACCAACAGAGACCUCAGGUUCUGGUGGCUCACUUCAUCAAGAAACGCCUGGGCCUCAUCGCCUAAGCUCCCUCCGAUCACCUCUGCUGCCCAUGGAUUGCACAUAGCUACAGCCUCAACUGUUAUGUGGACAUACACUCAGUGUACAAAACAUUAGGAACUCCUUCCUAUUGAGUUGCACCCUUUUUGCCCCUGACUGAAGUGGAUUUAAC